CCCGCAAGGAAGCCCUGGAAUGUUGCGAUGACGCGUCCAGAUACCCAAUGACGCGCGAAGUUCUGUCAAGGACGCGUCGGUCACUUUAGCUUUCAUGAUCCCCAAAAUGGGCAGCUGGCGCUCGUCCAGGGACACCCACGCUCUUCUCUUCCCGCCAUCAUCAACGUCGCUUGGCAGUCAACGACGAGCAAGACAGCAGAACACACCCUCAUUGUCAUCCUCUUCCCCGACAUCUUCGCUUCGCCGCCGUCGCCGCGACUGGCAGAGAACAAUUCUCUCGCCGACGCGCCAUACCCUCAUAGUCAACACCUGAGCACAAUAUGUCAAUCAUCUUGGACUCACCUCAGGUCGUGGUCUCCCUUGGCGUCGCCAGUGGAGUCCCUCUCUCACCGAUCCUCGAGAACCCCGGUGUCACAGAAGCAGCGGCCCUCGCCAACGCUGCUGAUCAAACCAAUCUCAACAACGCAGAGCACGCGAAGUUGAAAGAUGCUGGCCCUCGCAAGCCUCGUAGCCGCGGUCGCGGCCAGCAGCGCCGAACAUCGCUGGAGGCAACAACGGGGCCGAUGAACGUUCCAAGGUUUGGCGCAUCGAUGCGAUUGCCGAGCACGAUUAAGGAGGAGGGGGUUGUAAAGAUGGAGGCAGCGAAGGCUCGCAAGGAAGACGGUGAUGCGGCCAAGUCACAGCAAGACGAUGGGGUGGCUGUCGAGCCGGAGCAAAACAUCAAGCUCGUCGAGGGCGAGAACAGCGACAACAUGAGCAAUACGAACAAGAAGCGCGCGAGCAAGAACAGCAAGAACAGCAAACAAGCACGCUCCAGCGAUCAGUUGAACCCCACCGAGGAUGCGGAGGACGUCUCCAAGGCCAAGAAGCAGAGCACGAGCAAGCGCCGCCAGUACACGAGGAAGUCGAAGCCUAAGGACAAGGGCGGGAAGGAUGAAGUCGCCGUCGAGCGUGCGGGUACUGCUCUCGGACGCGCCGUCGCGGAGGUGGUCAAGAACGCUCGCGGGGCCCCGGCUGCUGACGGGGGAGGGAAGGGAAACGCGGUUGCGGACGGGCAUCCGAGCGCGGGCGGAGACGCUGGGGCCGCAGAUGCUGUCGGACGCCCGCGCGCGGAGGGGGGCGAGGCUGGCCGCGGAAGUGCGAUGGCGGGCGGACGGGAGGAGGACGCGGGGACGAAAGCGGCGGUCGACUCUGAAGGCGCGGUCGAGGCAGUGGCGAGGCGUGUCGAGAGCGCGGUCGACGCGCAUACCGGCGUCGGGCCCGCGCCUACCGAGGCCACCACGGUGACCCCGGAAGUCGCUGCGGGGACCGCCGAAGCCGGCGCAGGAUCUAUCGAGGUCGAUGCGGCGCGCACCCAAGUCGAUGGCAGGCCUGUCGAGGUCGAUACGGAGGCGAAGGUCAAGUCCAAGUCCAAGCCUCGACCCCGCAGGAACAACCGCAAGGGCGGCAAGUCGAAGAAGCGGUCGGUUACGGAGGAGGCGGAGACGGUGGCUGGAACGAAGGCGGCUCCGGUGGAGGCAGGUGGCGGCGCGCCCGUCGAAGCGGACGGAGGAGCGUCCACGGGCGGAGGCGGAGAGGUAUCCGCUGUCGGAAGUGAAGGGGGACCUCCGACCGCGGACGGAGGGCAACAAGCCCAGACUCGCGAGGACUCGAUGGGGUCGGGUGGAGAGCAGGCAAAUGGAGCACCAGUCGACGUCGCGGAUAACGUUGCCGGGGCCGCGCAGGGCAAGAAGUCGGGCAACCGGCGGCGGUUCUGGAAGGGGCGUGCUAAGCGCGGCGGAAGGCAGGCAGAGAAGAAGGUUGCAGGGGAGCCCGCCGAUGGAGGUCCUGCUCCUGCGGAGGAGGGGAAGGCCGCAUCUGUGGACAGCGGGGCGGCUCCCUCAGCGGACCCAACGGCCACCGCUUUGGACGCCCGGACAGCCGCGCUCGCGCACGAUGGGGCCACGGAUUCCGUGAGGGGUCCCUUCGUCGACGCCUCCAAGCUCAGCAGGUCCGGCACGCCGUCGGGCACAUCGCAGGCGCGCCGCAGACGCCGUACGCCCGCGCGUGGUGGUCGAGCCCGCGGCGGUCGCGCUCGCGAGAACGCUGCUGCUGCUGAUGCCGCCGGCGAAAGCGCUGGCGCUCACGACGAGGGCAUUCGUACUGCGCCGGUGGUCAGCGAUGUAGACACUCCCGUUGCUGGCCAGGUAGCUGCCUUCUCGGUCAGCGGCACGAACGACGCCUUCGUCGUCACCCGCACGGUAGAUAUUGGCGCCGAUGUCCCAGUCCCGGUCGUCCUUCUGGCAGUCACCUAGAGUAAUCGGCUCUCAAUUCCUCGUUCUUUCGUGCGCUCGCUAUAUUCUUCCUCGGACUUUCCUCGAACUCCCUAUGUUGACGAAUCUCUGGACAUACCUCGUCGACAAUUUCUUCGAAGGCUACGUGCCUUUCUCUCGCCCUUGGCUUGAUUUUCGACAAGUCAACUCAUCUGUCCUACGUCGAUCAGUCUCUAGGUGGUUCGGUCGAUUCGCAUCCUUCCCUUGUAUACCUCUCUGGGUGGGCGCGUCGCGCACAGCUGGCUUCGAUGGUAUAUUAUCCACUGGUCGAACGGUACCAUCUUGUUUCCAGGUUCUGCAUACGAUACUG